AUGACAGGUCAUCUACCCAGUAGCGAUGCUGACGUCAGCGAGAUUGCAGUGACGUAUCCAAUGACCAACAACAUUUUGUUUGUGUUGGACAACACUUUUCUCAUAUAUGCCCAAAGAUACCCACAACCAACGACGAACUUAUUUAAAAGGCGCGUGAAAAUCGGUGGUCAAAACUUUGACUUUGAUGACCGCAAUGAUGAUGAAGAAGAAGAUGAUGAUGAAGAAGAGGAGGAGGAGAAAGAUGAUGAUGAGAAGGAGGAUGAUGAUGAAAAAGAGGAAGAAGAAGAUGAGGAGGAGGAAAAUUAUGAAGAUGAAGAAGAGAAGGAGGAAGAUGAUGAUGAUGAUAAGAAGGAGGAGGAUGAAAAAGAGGAGGAGAAAGAUGAGGAAGAGGAAGAUGAUGAAGAUGAAGAAGAGGAAUAUUGCCAUGAAGAUAAAUGUUUUUAUUGGGUACUAAAUUGUCAGGAUUGCAUUGAUUCGUAUGAACCCCUAUUCCAUCGCUAA